GUAAUGGCCAGCACCAAACACUCUGAAACAGAAGUCCUCAUUAGUAUGGGGCAGGAAAGAUCUAAUGUGGCCACUACAAGCAGCAAGCAAGAUGGCAACAGGGUGUCAUGCCCAAAAGGUUCUGAUCCCACUAUCUCAGUCCAACACACAGACAUCACUUCAGUUGCCCGUGGUGUUUUCCUAUGUGUGUUGUGCUCAGAGUCAUUUACUGACGGCCUAGCUCUGGCAGUACAUGAGCGCAGCCACGGCCAAAGCCCAGCAUUGCGCUGUACUGUCUGCGAUCGUUCCUUCUCACUGCCAGGAGAUCUACACCGGCACAGAAGACGUCACGAGAGACGUGGUGGGAUUGCAGCUAAUCGUUCUGAGGCAAUUGACAAUGAUCACGUACCGGUACCUCUCCGAAGCAAUGAACAGGGCACGCAGACCACGAAGGUAGCGGAGAAAAGCAGCAUAACUCAGGUGUCAGUGGUAUGCAGCGCGGAUGCCAGCGAUGUUUCUGCGGGUAUUUUGAGCACCGGGACAGCUGGAGCACGUACUGUCGGGAACCGACCAUCGGAGGACAAGCGAUGCACCAGCGAGAGCGUUAGAGCGGGAAGUUUGACGCCACCGAAGAAUAAACAUACGAAGCUGAUGGAGAAAAGCCGGCGAUUGUCUGAGGUUUCUCGUGCCUCAGCUUCGGACAUUGAUAUGCAAGAAGGAAUGAGUGGUAACAGCACUGUCAGUGGUACCAUUGAGUCUUCAGAGGCGACUAGCGACGCCCUCGAAUCUCCUUUUCAGUGUGCCAUCUGCCGUGCCCGCUUCGGCCACGUGUCCUCUCUGCAAAAGCAUGUCGAAGGUCAUGUACAGACCGAAAGCCGCCAAACUGUGAAGAAAGCACCUCCACGCCGCAGCCAGAGAAGUCGUCCUGCUAAAAGACGUGCAUGUGCCGAUGAAAGCAUAGGUAAAGAUAUUGAUCUUGGGAGCGAUGAUGCAGGAAGUGGUGUAAGAAAUGAUGGUGACGUCGGCGUAAAGUCUUCGGAUAACCCUCCCGUGGCGAAAAAGCGAACAUGUCGUGGUCGCAAGGACCCAGGUCAAGCCGCCAUGUCACGAUCGUUGAAGGAUGGUUCCAAGGCGGGCGCACAGGCAGCGCUAUCUUCUACCGCUGAGGCCGGCUCAGUAAGUAACCCCGAGUCGGGCACCAGUGCCAACCUGGAACUUGCCACUUCCACCCCCGAGAUACAGGCAGCUGGUUUGCCAGCACAGAACUCAAAGGAAGACGCCUCUUCUGCCCAACCAGCCAUCGAACAGAGUACUGCUACCAAGUUCUUACAACCAAGCCCCCGUCGUCGCACUUCUCGUGCCAUAAUACCGUUAGUGAUGGAUGAGGAAAGUUAUGUGGACGACGCUCCUGCUGUGUCCCCCAGAACUCAACCACCUUCAGCGCUCAGCGGCACAAAGCUGGGAGCGCCACCAGGCGCCUCAAAUGGUGGGGUAGACGAAGCCGCGCCGUUGUCGACUCUUACGCCACUAUCGACACCUCCCCCGAUGGUUGAGUCGACGGAGGGUUCGGCGGUGGAAGGCCAGGAAGCCACCACGUCGAGUGAAGCAGAGGCCGUUGCUCCGGUUAAGUGUCCAGAAGUACCCGGGCAAUUCAAGUGCGACGUGUGUGGGCGUCGACUGGCCCACCGUCACGCGCUUGCUCGCCAUAGGCGACUGCACUUCGCUCGCGAGAACUUCCAGUGCGAUAAGUGUCCACGUCGCUACUCACGAUUCGAUUCACUGGUUACGCACAGUCGGAAGCACGCGACUGAAGCGACACACAAAUGUCAAAUCUGUUCUAAGGCGUAUCGGUUGCGCUCUCUUCUCGAGUACCACCAGCGGGAGCAUAAGAAUGAAGAUGUCCCUCCUGCACCGGUUGCAGAGACACCUCGUUUCGAGUGUGCAGAGUGUGGUAAAACGUUUUCGUUCAUGACAGCGCUGCGGCGGCACGCACGUCUGCAUCUUGGUACUAAACACUUCUUCUGCGAACUUUGUCCAAAGCGGUACAGUAGGUUCGAUGCUCUCGUGCUUCAUGCUCGAGCUCACUCCCUACUCACCCCUUUCGAGUGCGUGAUAUGUGCGCGAUCUUUUUCACAGCGCCAGAUUCUUGAGUACCACGUCAGGGCGCAUGCGGGUGCUGUCGAUGGCGCUUACCCACCGUUCAAUUGCACUAUGUGCGGGAGGUCGUUCCCCGAUGUGGCUCAGCUACGCGAACAUCGCUUGCGGCACUCAGCCACUCGUUCGUACCUGUGUGACAUGUGUGGGAAGGCGUUCAAGUCUGCCAACAAACUUCGUCGUCAUGUAAUGACGCAUACUGGCGAGCGACCGCUGACCUGCAAAGUGUGCGAACGUCGUUUUGUGGACAGCACGUCGCUGACUCAACACAUGCGGAUCCAUUCAGGCGAACGACCUUUUCAGUGUCACGUAUGUGGCAAAAGUUUCUCGCGUAACGUGACGUUAAAGAUUCACGGGCGAACGCACAGUGGCGAGAGACCGUACCCUUGUGAGAUAUGUGGUCGAGCCUUCACCACGAUAACCCAACUCCGGAGGCAUGGACGCGUUCAUAGCGGUGAGAGGCCUUACAUCUGUACCGUCUGCGGUAGGGCUUUCUCACAAGCUACUCACAGGAAGGUACACAUGCGCACUCACGCUCCGCGACCUGAUGACGCAGUGGACGGGCAGCAACCUCUUCUGUGGCUGCAGCAGCCUCUUCCUGCGGCGUUACAGCAGCCUCAGCAGCAGCAAGAGCAACAACAGUCGCAGCAGCAGCAGCAGCAGCAGCAGCAGCAGCAGCAGCAGCAGCAGCAACAACAACAACAGACGCAGCAACAGCAGCAAGAGAAGCAACUUCACCAUCAGCAGGAGAAACAACAACAGCUGACCGCGCCAGCCACUGGCCACCAACAACAUCAACAAUCUCAGGAACAUAGCCAACUAUAUACGCUACAUGAAGGGCUGCAGGCAGUGGCACCACUUCAACUUGAAGAGGGCAACGUGCCGCUGCACUUCCUCGAGCAUUGAUACACAUAUGUCCUUGUCAAUGACGCUGUUUUGGGCGUGGACAAGCGUGUAAACUUUGAGCUUUCGCUUGUAUGAAAGGCUGAUCCGAAGAGGGGAAGGGGCAUUUGGGGCAAGGCUCUUCUGUGGCGCCCGAAAUCGAAAUAAAAAAUCUGCGUUUUCUCUAGAAUAGAACGAAAACAACAUUUUUAUGAGCAAAAGUAAAAGUUUGCUUUAAACUGCUCAGCAGUGUGUAAAGAAUCGAAAUCCGGGAGAUUUUUUAAAAUUUGAGAUUUUUUUGGGGGGAGGGGGCUUGCUCGCUGCCUCCCCCACAGCGUCCAAGACCGCCUUUCUGGAUCUGCCAGUCGCUUGUAAGUUGUAUGCGAUAGUGUUCCUUGUGUGUUUGGUAGGUAUAUAGAGAUCCGCUGUCGCCUAUGACGCUGUUUCGGGGCGUUGAGAAACGUGCAGAGCGUGACGGUUUACUGGAUGGCGAGUGUGUUGCUUGUGUACUUACGCUUUGUAUAUGAAGUUUUGAUGGAUGUCUCAAUUAUGGAGCGGUUGCUUUAUUGACCACUGCCUGCGAGUGUACAACUGCCUGUGUAUUGUAUAUUUACAAUCUAUGAAGUAUAACAAUACAUAUGUGAAGCCUCAU